GUUUUCCCACGGGAACUCCUCCGUACCUGUUCUUUUCCCACUUCUUCUUCCUCUCUCUCUCUCUCUCUCUCUGUGGCGAUUCCUUACCGUGUCUGUUUUCUCCCCAAAAGAAGGUUGUGCAAAAGAAACCCUUCUAGGGUUUUUAGUGGAUCGCUUCUUCCGGAAGCUUUCUGUCUGACCUCGGAAUUUUUCUGCUUAAUAAAGAGGAAGGCGAACAUCAGAUCCCGUUCGCCAUAGCCGAGAGCAACACGAAUCAGCAAUGGCGGGGCGAUACGACAGAAACCCCUUCGACGAAGAGGAAGUGAACCCCUUCUCGGAUCCGGCAGUGCGGUCCAAUACAACUGGGCAGUCAAAUUAUGGUGGAGGCGCAUUCUAUACAACAAAUCCGGGAAGUGUUCCAUCUGCUAUGGGUAGACUUUCACCCCUUCCCCCUGAGCCUGCUGACUUUGGAAAUGCAACUGUUGAUAUUCCCCUCGAUACUGCAAAGGAUUUGAAAAGGAAAGAGAAGGAACUGCAAGCUAAAGAGGCGGAGUUGAAGAAACGAGAACAGGAACUAAAGCGAAGAGAGGAUGCAGCUGCACGGGCUGGAAUAGUAAUUGAGGAGAAAAACUGGCCGCCCUUCUUCCCCCUAAUCCAUCAUGAUAUUGCGAACGAAAUACCAAUUCAUCUACAUAGACUGCAGUAUGUUGCCUUUGCUUCAUACUUAGGGGUAGUUCUAUGUCUUGCGUGGAAUAUCAUAGCAGUUUCAGCAGCUUGGAUUAAAGGAGAAGGUGUAACAAUAUGGUUGCUUGCUGUUAUAUAUUUUAUAUCUGGAGUUCCAGGAGGAUAUGUCAUGUGGUACCGACCACUUUAUCGAGCCAUGAGGACAGAUAGCGCUCUUAAAUUUGGAUGGUUUUUCCUUUUCUACUCGCUCCACAUUGGUUUCGUUGUUUUUGCUGCUGUUGCUCCUCCAAUCAUCUUUAAGGGAAAAUCAUUGGCUGGUAUCCUUCCAGCGAUUGAUCUGAUGAGCCCACAUGCCAUAGUUGGGAUUCUUUACUUCAUUGGGUUUGCCUUGUUCUGCUUGGAAUCAAUCCUCAGCAUCUGGGUUAUUCAGCAAGUGCUGAUGUAUUUCCGUGGAAGUGGGAAAGCUGCUGAACUGAAGCGAGAUGCUGCAAGAGGUGCUGUCAGGGCUGCACUAUAGAGGAUUCGUAUAUACAUAUACAAAUAGUUGGGGAUGGCUACUUGCAAAUACAAGUGAUCCACUUGCGAGGUGGCGGUUUCAAGAUUUCACUGUGAAUGCUUCUUGUUGAUUUGGUUCUGUAUCAAAUUUUCUUGUUUGGUAAUCGAGGCACUGGGGUACUUCUAAACAAUGAUAUAGUUGAGCAAAGGAUUUAUUUUUUCUUCAGUGUCUACAGGGUUUCCGUUUAUAUCUUUUGUUUUUUAAUUUUCAGAAUGCUUCCAUUUGUAUGUCCAAAAUCUUGAAAUUUCUUUUUGUA